AUGGUGCUGCUCACUACAAAGUCGGGCUACAUGCGCGUCGUUUUGGCGGCUCUCGCAGGUUUACACCUCCUUCCCACCUCUUUGGCUGCGAAAGGCGAUACUGGAUGUAGGCGGGAGGUGUGUGUCAGCGCCUCAGUUGAGGGUGAUGUGGUCAAUUACGAGGUGACUGGGAUGAUUCAGCCUGUGGGAUGGCUUGCUAUUGGAUUUGGGACUCGGAUGCCCAACACGCAUUCAGUCAUCAUGUGGAAGAACGACGACGGGUCGACGACGUUAUCGCAGCGCUAUACGAGUGGAUACACCAUGCCGCACCCCGAGUCCAAUCCUCCUCGUAUCGCAACGCUGGUUGAGCCCAAGGCGCUUACUCGUCCUGCCCACUCGACGACGUUCGCAUUCCAAGUGCCCGCUAACCGCUCACUACUGGCUAGUGCCGACCCCAAGGAAGCCAUGAUCUUUGCCUAUUCGCCGACGAAGCCAGACAAGGCCCCGGACUCGACUCUCACCCCGCACCAGUACGUCGGCUACCUCUCCCUGGAUUUCAGUAAAGACUUCGCCGGGCCCACCUUUGGGCAGCAGAUCGACACAGCGAAGCCCCCUGCGGGCAUUCCGAUCACGCAGGGCACGGGCACGGCGUACAAGCGCGUCGAGAAGCUGAUGAUACUACAUGGUUUCCUUGUCUCGUUUGGCUUCCUUGUUCUGCUUCCUGCGGGGUCGCUCAUCGCGCGUUGGGGCCGGUCGUUCACGCCGAGAUGGUUCAAACUGCAUCGUCUGUCCAACAUGUACAUCGCGCUGCCUGUCAUCACGCUCGGUGUUCUCCUGGGCCCCGCGAUCGUCUACUCCAAGGAGUCAUUCCGUAUCCACUUUGCGAAUGGACAUGAAAUCUACGGAGGCCUUUUACUGCUCGUAUACUACACUCAAGUUUUCCUAGGGCGAUAUAUUCACAACCGCCGCAACGAGCUUGCAAAAUUGGGACCCAUCACCCAACCUCACCCGCCUCUCAAUAUCUUCCACAUCGUUCUAGGCAUAAUCCGCAGCGGUAUGCAAUGGUGGGAGACGCUGACUGGCCGCGGGCCAAUCACAAACUGGGCUCUUCCCCUCUGGAAAGCAUGGAUCGUGAUCCUGCCUCUGGCUUAUUUCGGCGGGUACGCGUUGCUCCCCCGGCAAUUCCGCCUCGAGAAAGAGUCUGCGUACGCCCCGCUCCCUGUCGCGGCCACGGAAGACCGUGCGCAGUCGACGCGGCUCUUGGGCGAAGACGAAGAGGAGCGAGGGCAGUAG